UGUGGUGUGGUCCAUAUGAAAUUCGGAUAUGCUUCAAUUUUGGGUUCGUCCCUAAAAUGAGCAGGAAAAACAGAUGGACGGCGUGGAUAUACAACACGUACAUUAAGGUUGGCCCCACGGUCACGACCUGACCGAACUUGGUCACUCCCGACCUGACUGAAUCCGCACGCUUCUCGCCCUCUCCUCCUUCAGACAACGCUCCCACCAUCUCGUCAAAAAACGGGGAGAACUCCUCCAGUCUCUGCCAAUGGCGGCUCGAUUUGUAGGGUUUCUCUCUCUCGUCAAUAGAACCAGGUACUUUCCCUUCUCUUCCAUCUCCAUAUCUCCCUUCUCAUCUCUCGAUCUCCCUUCAAACCAUCUGGAACUCGAAAAACCAUCCCAGAAACCGCCUAAACCCUCGCAUCGAAUCGACGAACAGUUUGUCUUGCUGGAACUCUCAGAUCUCCUCCGAAUCGACGCUGAAACCUCGAACGAUCGCCGAUUUCUCGAAAAUCCCAUUAAAAAUCACGCUGGAAGCUCAAAUCUGCUCCUGAAUGAUGCUGAAAUUCCAAGCCAUCUCCAAUUCAUUGGAGAUUCUGUUGAACGAUGCGUGGAUGCUAAAACCUCAAAUUAUCGCCAAUUUGUUGAAAAUCCUGCUAAAACGCCUGUUGUCAGCAGAGAAAUGGAUGGCUUUUUAUCGCCAGCUGAGAAAUUGCGAGGAGUUUUCCUUCAGAAGUUGAAAGGAAGGGCGAUGAUAGAAUCUUCUUUAUCGGCCACCAGUGUUGAUUUAACGGUGGAGAUUGUAGCAGAAGUAGUAAAUAGAGGGAAUUUAGGUGGACAGGCAAUGGUUCUGUUCUUUAAUUGGGCAGUCAGGCAGCCUAAAGUAGUGAAAGAUUUAGAAACUUUCCAUACAAUCCUUAAAGCACUGGGCAGAAGGAAAUUCUUUAAUCACAUGGAAGAAGUCCUGUAUCGUAUGAAGAACGAAGGGACGGAAAUUAAUGAUGUGACCAUUUCAAUUGUAAUGGACAGUUUUGUUAGGGCCCGCCGAGUGGCUAAGGCUGUCCAGUUUUUUGAAAGAUUAGGAGAGUUUGGAAAGGACUGUGAUUGCGAGUCAUUGAAUGCACUUUUAAAGUGUCUCUGUCAGAGGUCCCAUGUUGGAACUGCAAAUUCGAUUUUCAAUGCAAUGAAAGGGAAGGUAGCUUUUAAUAGAAUGACGUAUAACAUUGUCAUUGGUGGGUGGUCAAAGUUAGGUAGGGUGGGAGAAAUUGAGAGGAAUUUGAAAAUGAUGAUAGCUGAUGGAUUAAAUCCAGACUGCCUGACAUUUAGUUAUCUUCUUGAGGGUUUAGGGAGAGCUGGUCGAGUUGACGAUGCGGUUGCAGUCUUUGAAAAAUUAGAAGAGAAAGGGUGCAUCCCAGACACCAUUACUUACAAUGCGAUGAUCUGUAACUUUAUUUCAAUUGGAGACUUAGAUGAAUGUGUGAAAUAUUACGAGGGCAUGUUGCAAAAGAAUAUUGUACCGGACAUGGAUACUUACACCAGAAUGAUUGGUUCUUUUAUUAAGGUCCGAAGAGUGGCUGAUGCACUUGAAAUGUUUGAUGAGAUGUUGGGUAGAGGGAUCCUUCCGAGUACUGGGACAGUUACAUCUUUUAUCGAGCCUCUGUGUAGCUUCGGCCCACCUUAUGCAGCGAUGAUGAUAUACAAGAAUGCGAAGAAAGUGGGAUGUAGAAUAUCAUUGAAGGCUUACAAGCUGUUGCUCAUGAGACUGUCAAGAUUUGGGAAAUGUGGAAUGGUGUUGAAGGUCUGGGAGGAGAUGCAAGAUAGUGGUUUUUCUUCUGAUAUGGAGGUUUAUGAGUAUGUCAUUAAUGGGCUUUGUAAUAUAGGGCAAUUGGAAAAUGCUGUGCUUGUCAUGGAGGAUGCAAUGCAUAAAGGAUUUUGUCCUAGCAAGGUCAUCUAUAGCAAACUGAAUAACAAACUACUGAAUGCAAAUAAAGUAGAGAGGGCAUACAAGCUUUUUCUGAAGGUUAAAAAUGUGCGGCGAUAUGAAAAUGCUUGGAAAUAUUCGCGAGCUAAUGGCUGGCAUUUCUGACCAUAUGCAUUUGUUGAAGAAUGCAGAAGGUUUCAAUAUGCCAGUACUAUUCUUUUCCACAGCAAUUCACUAGCUUGCACAUUAAAUCUGAAAGUCAUCUCACAAUUUCUGCCCAAAUUACUACCUUUUCAGUAGGUCUCUCUCUCUCUCUCUCUCUCUCUCUCUCUAGAUGGCAUCCGUUGAAAUGCAGAGUUAACUAGUUUUGUUGGAUUUGUUUGUAGGGGUUCUUGUCUGGAUUUAGCACUGGCUUUGAAGAACAAGGACCCCCUUGAUUCUUUCUCCUACAUGAUUCGGAGAGACCUGGCAUUGGUUUCUUUUGGAGUAUUCUUUCAGGUGCCUUUCUUGUGAAAUCCUUGCAUUGGAAGACCAUUAAGAAAGUGGAAGAAUUGUCCGCCACUUUGUGCCCAUUGGAAAAAUUCUGAAGCCUGUGCUGAAUGAAUGUGUGACCCCUGUUACUUGUUACUGGAGCCUAGCUUUGAUCGUACGUGGGGAAGCAGAACUGCUGUUAGUUUUC